AUGUCUCCGGUUAGAGGCUACAUCACCUCUUAUGCUCCUCGACUCAGGCAGUACAGUAAUGCGUUACUGACUCCGGUUAUUCCCCCCUCGCAAGUCGGUCCGUCGCGAACUACGAAGCGUGGUACGACGGCAAUCAAUUACGCGGAAGACGGAUUCGACGAUGAGGAUUUCGAUGAUAGCGAAGGCCCACGCCGCCCUACCGGCCUGCGGAGUCUUCGGAGAGAGGACUCCAGUGUAGACAAAGUCCCCUUGUCAGAGAAAGUAGGGAAAGAAAUCGAUGCCCCGGUUGAUAUCCAAGGAAUAUUUAGAGACUGGAUGAUAAGGAGGUUACUUCGAGCAGAUUGUUCAGACCAGUUACAGGUGCAAUCGCAUUUACCCUUAACCCUCGUCCCCAUCAGAAUCGACCUUGAAAUUCCAGCCCAUCAACCUGCUGAACCAUUUCCUUUCCCCCGAAACGCUACAGAUCCAGCGAUCAACCCAGCUCUUCCCGGUUAUCGACGGCCAGAGCCUGUACCAGGGUAUCGAAUCAAAGACACGUUCCUUUGGAACUUGCACGAAGCCCUUGCAACUCCAGAUGAGUUUGCCAUUUCUUUCGUCCGUGAUUUGGAUCUACCAGACCCGGCUAGGAUAGCCGUUGCCAUCUCCACCCAGAUUCGGCAGCAACUCGAAGAGUACGCUGGUGUAGCAUUGCAUCCUUUAUUUCAACAAAAUCAACUCGCCCCAGCUACGAGACUGGUAGAGCCAAGUAGUGGCUUCUCCCGUGAUGUUUCGUACACCCCCAUCCCUGCAAAUGUUGCGACACCGGACAGCCAAGGUGGAAACAAUAUUGUGACCGUUACUAAGGAUCCUCUUAUCAAUGACAGUCUACUAAAUCCCGACGACGCAUACCGCUGUGUUGUAAAUUUGAAUAUCAAUCUACAGAAUAAGCUCUACACAGACAAAUUCGAAUGGUCUUUGCUUCACCCCCCUGGCAUGGCCGAAGAAUUUGCCAAGAUCACCUGCGCAGACCUUGGUUUGUCAGGUGAAUGGGUGGGUGCAAUUUCACACGGAAUAUAUGAAGCAGUGCUCAAACUGAAGAAAGAGGUUUGCGAAAGUGGUGGGAUGGUCAGCGGCCUUGGGGCUUAUGGGAACGAAAUCGAUAACCAAGCUGCCGAUGGUGCAGAAGCUGGUUGGCGGUAUGAUCCUGAAGGUUUAGGCGAUGAAUGGGAGCCAAAGGUCGAAACCUUGUCCAAGGAAGAAAUUGAGAAACGCGAAGGAGACAGGGAACGUCAGAUUCGACGCCUUCGAAGAGAGACAGCUAGGUUCUCAUCCACAGCCGGCAUUACACCAGAAGUUUCCAGGACGAACUACUUUGAUAUUGACAGCGAAACACCACUUGGUAGAGGGGAAAGAAGCAAGCGAAAGCGACGCUUCCGCAGUCUAAGUCCAUUGGCCGGCUCCGGUACUCCCGGCGGCCGUGGUACCCCGGACACAGGAUUUGGGGCAGGGUAUGGUGGUGGCGGUGGUACGCUUAUGGAAAAUGAGCGUCCUCAUUGGAGAUGUUUCAAUUGUGGGAUUUUUGGCCAUGCAGUUUGGACUGUACGAGAUGGCCCUGGUGGCCCCAGAACUCUUUGUCAUAAUUGUGGGCUCCUAUAUGAGCGAAACAAGCUCCUUCCUGAAUGGUCCCGAGGUCUUCACAGACACGACAUUCCUCUGAAUCGACAUUUCUAG